ACCCAUUGGUUUUUUAGACUGCCGGAUCCGACCGUUGACCCGAAAAACCACUUUGUGUGGGAUAGAGAGACCUCCUCUGCCAAAAAGAUCAAACGGAAAAAUGGAGGAACCCAUCCCGGAACCCGGAUCCGUACCCUUCUCCUCCGCCUCCAACGGCGGUAGAUCCAUAGAGGAAUGCCAAUCCAUGAUCCAAAGAAGUCUUCGAAUUCCAAUGGUGAAGUUUCUGAGGGAGCAUUUGGAGAAAUCUGGGUGUGUAGUUGGGGACAAGUUCAUCAGGGCCGCCCGUUGUAACAAGCAAAUCAGUGGCGGUUACGUUCGCGGCGAAGGGAUUAUGGUUUGUAGUAAUCACAUGAACAUUCAAGACGAGGUGGACCAAGUGGUGAUACAUGAGCUAAUUCACGCGUAUGAUGACUGCCGUGCUAGAAACUUGGACUGGGCUAACUGUGCUCACCAUGCUUGCAGUGAGAUUCGGGCCGGUCAUCUAAGUGGUGAUUGCCACUACAAGCGGGAAUUUCUGCGGGGUUAUAUGAAGCUACGAGGCCAUGAACAAGAAUGUGUGAGAAGAAGAGUCAUGAAAUCAGUGAUUGCUAACCCUUACUGCUCAGAAGCAGCUGCAAAGGAUGCCAUGGAAGCUGUCUGGGAUGUUUGUUACAAUGAUACACAGCCCUUUGACAGAGCUCCCUGAAACAUGCUGAUCACUACUUGCCAAUGCCAAACCAGCUGUCCCUUCCAGUUUUCUUGUAGGAAUGGUGUUGUAGCAGACUCUGGCUUUGAAGCGAGUAAUAUGCCCUUAUUUUUGAGUUGAAAUGACUUAAGUCAAUCAGAAAGCUCAUUUUAUUUAGAUUCUUUCUCCAUUUUCUCUGAGAUAUAACUGCAUAAAGAGAAUUUUACAUUUUUGAAUGUUAUACAUUAUUGUACACCAAUGAUUGAUGCUUUCUCAGAGACAAAUUCAAAUUCAAAGAAUAAGAAUCCCUUUAUUAGUUGUGCCUCUUUCAAUCAGAAGAAGUAUGUAUUUUUGUUAUAAUGCUGAUCGAAUGCUUCUGUCAUUAGAGGAAUGCAAUUUAUGAUGAUUGGAAUGUGAGUACUGAGCAUGUUUUGCUGGAAUUGACUCCUUAAGAAAAAUGUAAAUUGUAAACCUUUCAGUUAUUUGCAAUUGUGCUCAUGUUUGAAACCCUCGUUUGAAACCAUCUUAUGCUUUGCAUAAUUAAACUGAUCUGAUGAAAUAGAAUGGUGUGUGUGGAAUGCAUAUUUCAAAGCCUUUUGAAAUGACAACUGCCUUGCCAAGGAAGUCCAAAUCUGGAAGCAAAUUCAGUUGAUAGGCAAGAACAAAGUUGGCCAACUUCAUUGAAAUGGUUCUGUUAUAACAGUGAGACACCAAGAAGAAAAGCUCCAGUCAGAAAUGCUAAGAUAGACAUGAUUGCUGCAGCUUUGAACAAUUUGCUGACAUUGGUUUCAGAUAGUGUUUUCUGCAGAUCUUCUUUAAACACAUCUUUGUGCACACCUCUGAUAUGCAUUGUCAGUCAUUAACUCUAAUUCAAAACAAUUAUACAGAUGAGAGGUACGAAGAAAAGCUUCAGGCAUAAAUUCUAAGACAUGAUAGCUACAGCUUUGAACAAUUUGCUGAUAUUGGUUUCAAAUCAUGUUAUUUGCAGAUCUUCUAUAAACACAUCUUUGUGCACACCUCUGAUAUGCAUUGUUAGUCAUUUACUUUAAUUCAAAAUCAUUCAUAUGGAUGAGAGGUACGCAUAAGCGAUAUGCACAGGAGAUGUGUAAGUAACAUUUUGUUCCCAUUUCUGAGGUUGCCAAUUGAGCCACUUAGCUGACUGGCUGGUUGACCGGGUGAGCCUAGUCUUCAAUCUUCUACAAUGUAAACGGCUAUAGUUUAUUUGGAGAUUGUGGACCAUGUGGUCAUAUAUCCUCAUGACUUUAUUCUUUUUGAGUAUUAUACUUGUAGAAAGAACAAAAAGAACCUGAACAUGUUAGCCUAUACACAUUCUUCUUUUUAGAUUUUCGUGUUAGCUAGAUUUUUGUAUGAUGCAUGUUGUCAUUAUUUAAAUGGUUUUUUUUUUCCAUCUUUCCUUCAUUUUUAUUCAUUAGUGGGUCCUUUUCCUACUCUUAUCCUCUUGAUAAAGGGCAGCCAGUUGCAUGUUGCAGAGUUAGAAGUGUUUUGCAUAGCAUUUUAGAUAGAGGUGGGAGGGAUGAGCAUGGAGAAGGUCUAAUAUGAAGGUGGGAUAUCUUCUUAAGAUGAUCGUCUUUCUCUUCUUUCUCAGUAGAUACCACACAGUUGCUAUUAGACCACACGUCUCAGGUAUAAAUAGAUUGCAUUUACUGCAUUGGCAUUGGUUUUUUCAGUUGUAUAUGCAUUUAAGCCGAGCACUAAAUUGAUUAGUUUGCAGGUGCAAGGGGGUUGUGGGAUCAGCAUCAGGAAUUGGAAAGGAAACAUGUAAAUGUGCACGAGCCAGUGUCUCAGUGGUUGUCCGAGGACUAUUCUCUACCUCACAGAAGGCGACCUGUGCACAAUAAGCUGGACCCUUGAGUCAUGCCCUUCUGUCUCUCUCUGCUGAGCGUUCUGUUCUUCCUUGUAGUGAGUCACUUGGCUUUUAGUGUUGUUGAUCUUUUAUUACUGGCUUGAGGGUUGGUUUGACAUGGGGUAACUUUAGCUUCAUUAGCAUUUAGCACAACCAUGAGUAAAGUAAUGGAUAAAUAUUCCCUGUUUUCGCAGUUUCAGUUAGUUUUCAUUCUAGUUUUCAAUAUGAUGGAACUUGUACAUGAAAUCCUUGGUUUGUGAAACCUGAGGUGCAGUGUUGAAUAUAGCAAUGGAUCCUGCUUGUUUCCAA